UUUUUAAGCACCUAGAGCGAUAAUCAUGCUCUUAGAGACCAUGCCUUCCAUGACGUCAACACCUUCGCUUAGCUGUCUCCCUAUAUAAAUUCUCUACAUGCAACAUCCCAUUAAAUAAAAAUCAAAGAAAACACAAAACUCACAAAAAAUAAACAUUUUUUUGGGUUUUCUUUAUUUAUUUUAAAAUCAAGAACAUGGAGAGGGCCUCUUCUUGCUCCUCCAAGUCAUCAUCAUCCAUGGCUUCUUGUUCUUCUGAUCAGUCUUUUUCCAUCAGUUCCGACCAAACCUCAUCUUUCGUGACGUCAUCCAUGCUCUCCCGCACGUCAUCAUCUUCUUCCUCCGCCGUGGGAGACUACAUAGGGACAGAGAGCUGCUUCGACGUCCUCUCAGCCGACGAAGAAAACGACGUAGUCUCCUCCUCAGAGUCUAUGAGCCGGUACCGUUACGGAGGAAGGAGGAGAGAGGAGAGGGAAGCUAGAGCCGCCGCGGCGCGUGAGUUUCCUCCGCCGAUACCGUCGCUUGCUCAGACGGAGAAUCUUCUCCCGCACAUGCCGUGGGUUCUCAAGAGGGUUGUGACGAGCGACGGGAGGCUUAUCUUGAGAGAGGAGAAGGUUCGUCAUCACGAGUACUUCCGUGCGCAUAGAUCCAAUGGCCGUCUCACUCUCCACCUUGUUCCUUUAGACGAUGACGUUCUUGAACUUCCUCAAGAGCCCUCUCAUUACCAAUCUGAUGAUGAUAAUGAUGAUGAUGAUGAUGAUUAUGAUCACGAGGAUGAUCAUGAGCAUGAUCAGUGUAAUGAGGUGGUGGAUGAUUUGGAUGAGCUGGCGGAUAAUGUAGAUAAGAGUGUCAUUAUUACUGCCCCUGAAGAUAAAGAUGGUGUUAUCCAUAAUUGUGAUGAUGAUGAUAAGGGUAAUGUGCAUGGAGGUAGUGAAGAUGGAUAUAGGAAAGGUAUAUUAGCGGCGGUGGCCGGUGAGACUGUGGUGGAGAGCGGAGGAGGAGGAUCGCCGAGAGGAAAGUAUUUGAAGUCUUGUUUUGUUGGUAUGAUAGUUGGAGAGAUCAUCAGACCAGUUCUUAGUUGAUUGUUUAUUGGUAAUUAGUACUACCAAUUACUAGCUUCCUUCGUUUCUUUGUGGAAAACAGAUAUUACUAUGGCUGAGAGUUUAAACAAGUAUUACCGGCUUAAUUUGUAUGAAUAACAGAGGGUUUUAAACUUUAAAAUUUUCAAUAAGAAUUUGUUUCUUGUUUUUUUGUAUUUUUCAGUGUACUUUAUCUUCUUUGAGGGUUUUGUACGAUAUUGAAAAAACUUUUUAGUGGGUUUAUAGUUUUG